GUGGCUUCAAGUUGGAAAAGUGAGCCAAAAGAGUGAUUGCCAGAAGCCAGCGAGACUUGGACGCAAGCGGAGUCGUCGUCGGUGGGAGUCAUCGAAACUUUAGCCAGAUAAGCGGAGCAGCUUUUGGGAGCUCAGGAGGUGGAGGAGCUGGAAAAAAAUAUGUGUGUACCCCGUAAGAAACAGUGAAAAUUUGGUGCACCCACAAGGCAGCAAAAAAAAAAAAGGAGGAGGAACCCAACUGAACUCAACCCCUAUUUAUGAUUAUCGUCCUGCUGCUGCUGUUCCAAUCGCUCUGCCUCUACUGCCAACGCCUGGUGCUCUACGUCCACGACAGAUGCUUCCCCAAGAACGUGCGCCUGCUGCAGGAGGUGGCCGAGACGGUGGGCGAUCGUAAGGCACCCCAGCGCCUGGCGGAGCAGCAGUUGGAGCAACAGAAGCGCAGCCAGAAGCGUCGCAUCCUCGAGCCGAUCCUGCCCCUAGUUGGUGGCCUCAACUCCGAGGCCUGUCGCUUUUGUGCCCACAGUCCGCAGGGCUAUUGUCGCCAUCACUUUCACCUGCAGGAGCUGCAGUUGCACAAGCAACGGGGUUCCGGUGGCGAGCAGGACUUUCGUCAAAUCCGAAGGAUCAAGCGGGAGCUGAAAAGGAGCCUGGGCCAGCAGCAGCAGCUUCUCCAGCCGGUGAGAAGCUAUCGUCCCGUACGACUAAGUUCCAGCUGGAGCAGCACUUCGCUGAGCAGUGGAUACGGUUCGUUGACCAGCUUUGGGACUCAGGAGCAGGAGGAAGGGGAUCAGGAGGUUACAGAGGAGGUUACAGAAGAGGUUGCAGAGGAGGUUCCAGAGGAGGUUGCAGAGGAGGUUGCAGAGGAGAUUCCAUCGGAGCUACAGGAGGAAGUUGAAAAGGAGGAAUUUGAGCAAGAGGAUUUGCCUCAGGAGGAGAACCAACAACGCCUGCUAACCACUCAUUUGUAAACCAA